CUGGACUUGUUAACUGAAUAUACAAAUUUACAAUGCAGGAUAUUAACGGGCUAUUGGUUGGUAAACUUGAUGAGUGCAGUCGAAGGUAUUACCGUUUGGCAACUCUAUAAUCACUGUAGUUCAGCGUUUGUCCAAAGCUAUAUGAGGCACGCAAAUGCGCGAGGUCAUCAAUCAAGUCAUUGUCUCACAGAUUUCAUCGUGCAACUUGAUUCACAAGGACGUCUUCAAUUGGAAAACGCUUUGACGGGUAAAUUUGUUUGCUUCAAUAAGAGGCAACGGCUCAGCGUUCGAAAUGAGGGAUCAGAUGAGAAAUGCUUCUUUCGUGAAAGGCUAACGCCAAACGGCUACACCGAAUUCGAAUCUACGUGGCGUCCUUUUUUAUUUCUAGGAUUUAACAGGAAGGGUCGGUUUCAAGACCCAUCUCUGUACAGCAUGAAGCGUAAAUGUUUUUUGUUCACGAAACUACGCCGCGAGGUUCCCUCAACAACGUUAAAGCAUUGUUCUGCCGGGAAACGAAGGAACCAGAAACGACUUUCAGAAGCUGAUCGUCAACGUGCCAUCUAUGAUGCGGUUCGAGAGUCGCUAUUAAGCCAGAUAAGGGCAUUGCCCUAA